AUGGUAACCGAUCAAAAGCAUUCAUCCGAUAGUAUAGCUAGCGAGCAGGGAGUUAUCCCAAAUACAGAAAAAUUAGCCCGAUUAUUGGAGGCAGAUAAGCAAAAUGUAGAAGCAUAUAGUGCGCUUUCCAGUAUAAGAGAGGCACUAAAGAAACAAUUCGAAGAUUGUCAUUCCCAAAAUAAUACUUUAGAAAAGAGGGUAAAAAGACUGGAAAAAGACAUAAGAUCCUUAAAAAUCGAAUUUGGGGAUCUGGACGAAUGUGUGGAUAGGGAAACUGUGGUCGACAUAAUACAUGAAAUAGUUCCCUCGCUUAUUGGUAAAAAAGGGUCGAGAGGCGCUGUGUAUAGAGGGAGUUCCUCCUAUUCGUCUGAAUCUUCUGAAGGAUCUGAUUCGGUCGAGACAAUUGUGAUAAGAAAGAGCGAGGAUAUCCCUCAUAAGCAACGAAGGAAGGCACGACUAAGAAAGGUUAAACGGUUAGUAGUUUGA